GUCGCGCGCUCAUUGCGCAACGCUUGAUGUGCCGCGCGCGUCCUGUUCGAUUCAGCGCGCUGAUAUCAAAGCUCGGCGAAACGGCAAGAACAUGACAGAGACGACGGGUCUGUCUGCUUGAUCAUAACCGCGAGCAUGGGCGACAGAAGCGAGAAGGGCUCGUUGAAGCACAAACGGAGAAGCACGAUCUCCGGAGACGCGGCGGGAGCUCAUCAGAAGACGCUCAGCGGACAGGUGAAGGAGAAAGAGCAGAGACAGAGACACGACACACCCGCGAAUAAACACAAGAAUCACCGCGAUGCUGGCGACCACGACUUCAGCUGCCAUAAGCUGCAGGAGUCGCUGCUCAGCUCCAAUAGCGGCUACAGCAACUACAGAGGAAUCCUUAACUGGUGUGUGGUCAUGCUGGUUCUGUCCAAUGCACGGCUGGUCCUGGAGAACCUUAUAAAAUAUGGUGUUCUGGUGGACCCCAUCCAGAUCAUCUCUCUCUUCCUGAAGGACCCGUACAGCUGGCCGUCUCUGUGCCUGAUCAUUGUUUCCAACGUCUUUAUAAUGGCAGCGUUCUACAUAGAGAGAAAGCUCUCUGUGGGCAUCAUCUCCGAGGGCACCGGGACAUUCCUCCACUGCAUCAAUCUUGCAGCUCUGUUAUUUGUCCCGGCCGGGACAGUUCUCAGCCUGACCUCUAUAACCCCAGUGGGUAGUGUUCUGGCGUUGAGUGUCUUCACCAUUCUCUUCCUGAAGCUGUAUUCAUACAGAGACGUCAACAAAUGGUGUAGAGAGAUCAGACACGCCAAAGCCCGAACCCUGUGCCGCUCUCAGUCCUGCCCGUCUGUGCACAAAGCUAAUGGCACGACUGAAUACACACAUGUGAGCUAUCCAGAAAACCUCACACACAGAGACAUGUAUUAUUUUAUUUUCGUCCCAACUCUGUGUUACGAACUGAACUUCCCGCGCUCUCGGCGGAUACGGAAGCGUUUCUUACUGCGCCGACUGCUCGAGAUGGUGUUUUUAAUGCAGUUAAUGCUUGGAUUAAUGCAGCAGUGGAUGGUUCCGACGAUUCAGAACUCAAUGAAACCCUUUCAGGACAUGGAUUUCUCUAGAAUCGUUGAACGUCUUCUGAAGCUCGCUGUGCCCAAUCAUUUUAUCUGGCUCAUCUUUUUCUAUUGGUAUUUCCACUCCUCUAUGAACUUCGUAGCUGAGCUCAUGCAGUUCGGAGACCGGGAGUUUUACCGCGACUGGUGGAACUCUGAAACGAUUCCGUAUUUUUGGUCGAACUGGAACAUUCCUGUUCAUAAGUGGUGCCUGCGACACUUUUAUAAACCCAUGUUGGUGAAAGGAGUGAAUAAGUUAUCCGCUCAGUUAGCCGUGUUCUUCUUGUCGGCGUUUUUCCAUGAGUAUUUAGUGAGUGUUCCUCUAAAGAUGUUUCGGUUCUGGGCGUUUCUGGGAAUGAUGGCACAGAUCCCGCUGGCCUAUCUUGUGGGCCGAUUCUUGAGGGGAAACUACGGCAACGCCGCCGUCUGGAUGUCACUGAUCAUCGGUCAGCCGAUCGCCGUGCUCAUGUACGUCCACGACUAUUACGUGCUGCAUUAUGAGAGCACUGCGGCAUGACACAACCAUAUCUGCUGAAUGUAAACACAAUGCAUAUAUUUUUUGAGAAAG